UAGGGGUUGCCCACCGCCUGGAAAGGCUCUCUAUAGAAAGUGAGAACCCGGCUCGCUCCCACCUUAAAACCCCAGCUCUCCCUGUGACGUCACAUCGGAAAUUUACCAAAGCCAGCGCGAGCCAACGGCGCGGCCCGAGCGAGGCAGGGAGCGCGCUGAUUGGCCCGGGCCGCGCUGACGUAGGCUGACGUUGACCGCUUACUACAGUAGGCUAGCGCUGGAAUAGAAGCCACAUAAACAAAGGCACAUUGCGAGCACGGGCUCAGAGCGCACAGAGCACACACAUCCAGCGCUACGACCACACAGCCAAGCCUUCCCCGGACCGGGCAAGGGGGGGAACACUGACAGACACAGCAAGAAACCCUUCCUGAAACGUGGGUUCUUAUGUGAACAGUUUUUUUUAAAUCUUGGAAAGUUUGCUUCAAUAAGAAAACAACACUGUCCUCUUUUAAUUCAAACGAAGACUCCAGCAGCCCGGCUGAAGCCAUGCCCUGUGUUCAGGCUCAGUAUGGGUCAUCGCCUCAAGGAGCCAGCCCAGCUUCACAGAGCUACAGUUAUCACUCUACUGGAGAAUACAGCUCCGAUUUCUUAACGCCAGAGUUUGUCAAGUUUAGCAUGGACCUGACCAACACUGAAAUCACUGCCACCACUUCUCUUCCCAGUUUUAGUACCUUUAUGGACAACUUCAGUACAAGCUACGACGUCAAGCCUCCUUGCUUGUAUCAAAUGCCCAUCUCUGGUCAACAGGCUUCUAUAAAAGUUGAAGACAUACAAAUGCACAGCUACCAACAGCACAGCCACCUACCACCUCAAGGAGAGGAGAUGAUGCCACCACACUCAGGCUCUGUGUACUACAAACCAUCUUCUUCCCCAACCACCAGCACUCCAGGUUUCCCUGUCCAGCACAGUUCCAUGUGGGAUGACCCUGGUUCCCUUCACAGCUUCCAUCAAAAUUAUGUGGCCACCACCCACAUGAUUGAUCAGAGGAAAGGUCCAGUGUCCAGACUUUCACUUUUCUCCUUCAAGCAGUCUCCACCUGGGACACCUGUAUCUAGUUGCCAAAUGAGGUUUGAUGGCCACCAUGUUUCCAUGAACCCUGAGCCUUCAGGAGCCCACCAUGUGGUAGAUGGACAGACCUUUGCCGUCCCUAACCCUAUCAGAAAGCAGGCAUCUAUGGGCUUUCCUGGACUUCAGCUUGGUCACCAUGCAUCUCAACUCAUAGACAGUCAGGUUCCUUCACCACCAUCCAGAGGGUCUCCAUCCAAUGAAGGGCUAUGUGCAGUUUGUGGGGACAACGCUGCUUGUCAACAUUAUGGAGUUCGUACCUGUGAGGGGUGCAAAGGGUUCUUCAAGCGCACAGUGCAGAAAAAUGCCAAAUAUGUUUGUUUAGCAAAUAAAAACUGUCCUGUUGACAAACGGCGCAGAAAUCGGUGUCAGUAUUGUCGCUUUCAAAAAUGCCUUGCCGUCGGCAUGGUCAAAGAAGUGGUUCGGACAGACAGCUUAAAAGGACGGAGGGGUCGCUUGCCUUCCAAACCCAAGAGCCCCCAGGAGCCAUCACCCCCUAGCCCCCCGGUGAGUCUGAUCAGUGCCCUAGUGAGAGCCCACGUCGACUCCAAUCCGGCAAUGAGCAGCCUGGACUAUUCCAGGUUUCAAGCUAACCCAGAGUUUCAGAUGACUGGAGAUGAUACCCAACACAUACAGCAAUUUUAUGAUCUUCUCACCGGCUCUAUGGAAAUUAUAAGAGGUUGGGCAGAAAAAAUUCCAGGCUUUUCUGAUUUACACAAACAGGACCAGGACCUGCUCUUUGAAUCUGCCUUCCUAGAACUUUUCGUGUUGCGGUUGGCAUACAGAUCUAACCCAGCUGAGGGCAAACUCAUUUUCUGCAAUGGGGUGGUCCUAAACAGAUUACAAUGUGUUCGUGGGUUUGGAGAAUGGAUAGAUGCUAUUGUGGACUUUUCUUCCAAUCUGCAGAGUUUGAGCAUAGAUAUCUCUGCAUUCUCUUGCAUUGCUGCACUGGCUAUGGUCACAGAGAGACAUGGUUUAAAAGAACCGAAAAGAGUGGAGGAACUGCAAAACAAGAUUGUAAAUUGCCUCAAAGAUCACGUGACUUUUAACAAUGGGGGUUUAAAUCGCCCCAACUACCUAUCCAAACUUCUUGGGAAACUUCCUGAACUUCGUACCCUUUGUACACAGGGCUUACAGCGUAUAUUCUACCUGAAAUUGGAAGACCUGGUACCACCCCCAGCUAUCAUUGAUAAACUCUUCCUGGACACAUUGCCCUUUUAAGACUAUAUUUUCAGUGAGUGCCAAACAACUUAUCCUGGCUAGGGGACUUAUAUGUGAAGCAGGUUUGGGUGCCAAACUGCCAGCAUAGACUGUGGUUAUCCAUACCAAGGGUAGACCAGAGAGCUUGCACUCCUUAACCAAUGCCUGGAUUCAAAGAAUGGGAUUCUUCUAACACACUGCUAUGGACUCUAGACUGUAGGUUGGCAAAAUUGCUAUAAUACUACCAUUAUUUGAAAAAAAUAUGAUAUCUAUACAACAGAGAAUGAGCCAAGUCAUAGAGAAAUAUAAGAAAAAGGAGAUUUAGCUGCCGAGCCCUUUAAGAGACUGAAGUUUUCUGUUGCAAAAAGAAAGCUGUAAUAUGUUGUUGGGGGAGGGGUGGGGUGGGGAAGACACAAAAUAAAUAAAUACAUACAUGUUCAGUGGGAUGGCAUGAUGAGGGAAGAUGACUUGUACAUGUAUAAGAUACAGUUUAGCUAUUUUUAAUUAUUUUGUGCCUAUUUAUGAAUAAAUAUUAAACCGAUUCUACAAGCUGUGUUUGCAUAAAAAAAAGAAGUUAAUAAUAAAUAAAAAUAUGAAAUAACAAAAUAAAGAGAAAAAAAAAGGUCAUAAUGCAUAUAGAAACGGAGCAUGUUUAUACAGCGCUAGACGGGGGAAAUAAUAAAAUAAUAAAAAAAAUAUAUAUAGGCAUUUGCUAUUUCAGUAAUGUCUAUAUUCUAUAAAUAGUAUUCAGACACUAUGUAGUCUGCUAGAUUUUAUAAAGAUUGGUAGUUAUACGAGAUUAAAUCUUUCUCACCUGUACCAUAGAUGGGCACAAGUACUAAUUAUUGAAGUAAUCAAAUGACAGAGGACAAAUUGUGUUUGUAACACCGUCCAACAUUCCUUGUUUGUACGUGUUGUAUGUACUGUUGAUGUUGAUAAACAGAAGGUUUAUAUCUUAAUUAUUUUGUUGUCUAUGGCUAUAAAUUAAAUUUGCAUGCUCCGGCUUUCACAGAUUUCCAUAUUGAGAAUGCAUACUCCACUGGAAGUUAUAAGCACUUUGAAUUUUUUUUGUUUUUUUUAAUCUAAAAGAAGUCAGCUAAUAUAUUCUUUCAUUGUUUAAGUAAAAUUUGUAAUAUUGCCAUUUUAGUAUGUUUGUGUAUUUCAACACAUUGCAAGUCAAUGCCUUUUAACUCUAUAGUGUAUGACACGUAGAGACUAUUUUUUUUCAUUUUCUUUCAUCUCUAAUCGUUUUUUUAUUUUCUUCAAAAGAAAGAACAUUUCAAUGUUUACAACAAUAAAACCCUCUAAAUUGA